ACUUUUCAUUUCGUUCAAAUAUUAAUCAAGUUUAAUUGUUUUGUGAUGAUUUCUAAUUGUAUAAAUUACCCACUUUAAAUUAUUUCCAUGAGUCUCAUUAUCGGAGGUUCUAUUGUAGCCUAUUGUUGAUCUUUUAAUCAACAAACGAAUUUGGAUUGACCACAAUCUUAAAAACUGAUUAGUUCUUCCUCUUUUACUCAAGGCCUGUUUUCUUUUUUUAAUUUUAUUCUAUUUUCUGAUUUUAAUUGUGUUCAUCUUUCUUCUAGUGUUUCCAUUUCCAAUUUGUAGGCCCGCCAAGUUUUCUAGAUCUUCAUUUGUAGUCUAAUCAAUUCCUUCACUGUUGGUGUUUGUUUUUAUUUUCUGGUAUGGAAAAAGCAACGAAAAAAAUUGAUUCCAAUUCAAGUGAUUCUUGUGAUGUUGAUCUUUCGGUUAUCCCCUUAAGAGCCUUACGAAUGAAAAGUCGCACCUUAUUGUCGAAAUGUUUGAAUGCUAUUCAAAUAAUUCCAGCAGAAUCUGGUUUACCUCGAGAUUAUCGAGGUAUCGCUGAUCUAUUCGGACUUGAUAAUCCACUCGUGUCAACAAUUGAAAGAAGUGAAGAUCCAGUUAAGAUGAUUUUAGAAAAUGUUGAAAAAGAAUUGAAACUUGACCAAUUAACUGGACAAAAGACUCCAUAUUCUAUAAACGAUUUGAUUGAACAUUUAGAGUCCAUUGAGCGAUUUGAUGUGAUUGAUGAUUGUCAAGAAUUCUUUAUCGAAGAUGGAAAAUUCUUUGUCAAUAAGAUGAACAAACUUUCUUGCAAAGGAAUCAAAAGUGAUUCAUUAUCUAUCUUUGAAAAUCGUGAUUCAAAUGAAGAGGAUGUUCAUUAUGACGCUUAUGUUUGUUAUGCUGACGAAGAUUUAGAUUUUGUUACCUUUCUUUCUGAAUACUUGGAAUCUCAACAAAUUGGGUUACGAUUGUUCAUCCGUGAUCGUGAUCUACUUCUUGGUACAAUGAGAUACGACGCUUACACCAAAUUGAUUGAAAAAAGGUGUAACUAUGUGAUAAUCAUAUUAACACCGGAUUUCGUUGAAUCUGAAGAGUGUAAAUAUCAAACUCUUUUCGCUACCGAUUUAGCAAUUCAAGAAAGAGAGAGAAAAUUAAUUCCAAUCAUUUGGAGACCUUGCAAUAUUCCUCCGUUUGUCCGAUUAAUGUCUAAAAUUGAUUUCUCUCGACGAGACUCUAAAUGGGAAUGGAUUUGGAGAAAAUUGAUUUUUUCAAUCAGCUCCAAACCGAUGAUGUUAACAUCUCCACCCAGUUAUCCUUCAAUUGGUUACAAUAAUGUUCCUCAAAAGAUUUGUUCAUCAAAUGGUCACAACAAUCAACUUAAACAAAAUUCCUUUCAAGCUCAACAGAAUAAACAAUUAGCAAUUCCAUUUAAAUCAAUGUCAAUCAAUGGAGCCGAAGAUAUUAAAAGUAAAACAAGUUCAAAGGAAAUCUCAAUAUUGGAAUCUCUUCCACCAGUACCGACUGGCUCGAUAGUUAAUUCUAGUAAACAUGUUUGCGAAUCAAUUGAUUCUGGUCGAGCUGAAUCAAUUGGUCUCAAAUCAUCAACAAGCCAUCAAUCAACAAUAAAGACAAUUAAGACACAUGGAAACAAUUGGUUUCGAUCAUUCAAACAAAAAUUAACUGGAUUAGGCUCUUCUGAACCUUCAACCAAUGGUUACAAUAAUCUCACCAAUAGUGAUUACAAUGAUUCUAAAUGAUUGUUAAUAGAUUAGACAAGUGUCAAAAGACUGAUUGUUUAUACUCUUUUCUAAUUGUUCAUAUUAUUUUCUAUUGUUUGUAUAAAAUUUACUACGCAUUUUCUAUUGAAAA